UGUUUGAUGAUUUUAUAAAAAGAUGUGACACGAGAAUUUGAAAAUAAUAAAUUAAUGCUAAGUUAUAAAUUUACACAUCUCAAAUGACGUUACAGCAGUGAAAAAAAUAAAAGAUAUUUUUAAUUUGGUGGGAGUGAAUCGCAAGUUUUAACAGACCAAAUCAAGAUUUGCACUGAUUUACCAAAAUAUAGCGGCUGCUACUGUAUAGCACAUGUUUAGUGGUGAAAACGGAACUUAAGUUAGUGACAGAAUAAAAUGUGGACGAAUUCUAGAAAAGUGAAGAAAAAGAAAAGAUUUUAAUGUGACAAUUUGUAUUUCGGUGAAAUCGUCUGCACAGGACCAAAAAUGAAGUAAAAUUAUAGAAAUGAAGACCAUCCUGCAGUGGAUAGUCCUGGUGGUGGUAUCAGUGUGUUGCCAUGGAGAUAAAGAGUCCAUGCAUCAUCUUAUACUACUAGACCAGUUACCAAACUAUAUCAGUUUGGACUCCUCACCACAGAUAAUCCUCAGGACUAAUUUCAGUGGUAUUAUUGAUUUCAAAGAAUCAGAUGAUUUCAAAGUCUUGUUAAAUGUAACAGCGCCAUCUAUAGAAGAAGCUUAUGCUGUCACAGCAGAUGUUACAGAGAGCAAAGGGAGGUUACUCAUACAAGUGUAUGAAAAUAAAUUAUCUUCAUCACUAAUAACGUUACCAUGGAUAUUUAUAAUAAUAACCAUGGCGACAUGUGUUGUCAUCAUCUUGGCCUCUGCUUAUGCUCUCUGGUGGUAUUGUUCUAAGAAGUAUCUGGAUCUUCAGCGAGACUACUAUAGUCAUGGGAAUGUGAUGUUCCGUUCCAGAAACAGUGAAUGUCUGUCAUCAGGAGCAGGAGAGUUGCUGAUACAAUCUGACCAUGGACGAGAUAGUAUGAUAGAUGAUGGCAAAGAUUUACCAGAUCUUCCAGAGGAAGAUGAAGAUGAAAAUGGAAUGCCAAUCAGAAGACAGAAAAAAAAGCAAGUUCAUAAUGAUGACAGUGAUGAGGACAAUGAAAAGGUUGAUGAUAAGCUGACAAUAAAAAGGCGCUAUCAACCUCCAUCAAAAAGACUGUACAGAGAACAACACAUGAGACGUCAUGGGAGACGGAAACGUCAUCCUUCACUUAAUGAUCCCCCAUCUUAUGAUGCAGUUAUGGAAUACCCAGGGGGAUCUAGUGAUGAGUCUGAUGGGGAAGAAACUGGUAAAAAAAAGACAUAUAUUACUAGUGUACAAAGUAUGGAGGAGAAAGGAAAGAAAAAUAAACCAUUUGUUGAAAGUAGUCGUAGUUUUGGUGAACAAACUUCCUAUCAGAGUAGAGACCUGUAUUCAUAUAAUCCAUUAGCCCUUCAGACAUUGCCUGUGGCUCAUUCUGAUACCGAACUCAAUGUUCGUAGUCCAAGAUACAUAGCUCAUAAUAUUCCACCGAGAGGAUUUGUAAAUCCCAUGCAUGAUGACUAUCAUGCAAAUAGAGAUCGAAAAGUUGAAAAAAUAUUGAACAGUAAAGAAUCAUUGGUACAGGUUGAAAGGUCAAAAUCACCUAUAGCAAGAGAUGAAAUGAAAAGGACAGCACCUAUUCCCAGAGAAGAAAUAGUGAGGACACCGGUCCACGUUGAACGAUCAGCCUCAUUCCGAUCAAAUCAUUCUAGGUCUUCCAUAAGGCAGGAAAGACCUAAAUCUCCAAAUACCAAUGAAAAAACAAAAACACCCACUAAAUAUGAACAGUCUGUUACACAAAGCCAACCUGAACGAACAAGUACACCCAAUCAUUAUGAAAGGGGAAGGUCACCUAUUUAUGUAGAAAGAGGAAAGUCCCCAUCAUAUAUUUAUGCCAAGGCUAAGAAACCUCCACCAAUUAAACUUCCAACAGAAGUGAAUAUCAGUGAACAGAACAAUUUGGGUGAUUCCUCAGGGUAUAUAGAACUGAAAGCAACAACAGGACCACCCAUUGAGAAACUAACACCUGUUGACCAAUUAGAUGCCGUUCAGGGUAAUCCAAUGGACAUCCCUCUCACAUCCUUUACUGGAUCCCUGAAGAAGAAACGACAUAAAAGUAAACCAGAAUCAGGUUCACUGCAGAGAACAGUUUUGGAAGGCUACAAUUACAAUAAUACUUUACCACUUUCUCCCAAGGCUGAAUUGAAUAUAACAGGAACCUCUACGAUUAACUCUCAGAGAUUUAGUGUGCUAAGUGACAAUUCUAUAUCUCUGUAUAGUAGUGGAGAAAUGUUCAGUCCUACUAGUCCCUACCAAGAAAACCUAGACGAUGAUGCUUUUGAUUUUGAUGUGGAAAUUCCUCCUUUGAGGGAGCACGAUCUUGAUGGUCUGUCAGAAGCUAGUCUUCCACUGCCUAGUCCCCCACCCUAUGCUAAGAUGCCACCAGGGUAUAGUCCUCGGACUUUAUUACCAUCACCCAAAGUGAGGCCACCACCACUUAGUGCAUUAAGUGGACUUAGUAUACCUGUAGAUGACGAUAUGUUGAGUGGUACAUACAUUGGUUUGACGAUCUCUCCAACCAACACCAUGGAUCGUAUCUUUCAGUUUCCAUCACCUCACCGUGAUUCUGGUAUUUCCUCAGAACAAAGUCUUCCUCUGUCCCAGGGGGAUGAGUCACCAUUCUCACCAGCUAAAGCUGUCCAUCCUGCACAAAGAAAGUUACCUCCGCCCCCUCCUAGAAUGUACUGUCCUCCACACAGAUUUUCCUGGGACCGUGAUGGAGAGUCCCCUGAACAGGGAGAUUAUGCAAAAUUAAAAUCCAAAGAGGAGAAUUCAACUAAGGAGAAUGAAGAGUUAAAGACUACACCUAGUUCAAGAGGGGUUGGUGGAGUUAGAAAAAAACCCAUACUUAAACCUAAACAGUUACACUUGGCAGUGAUAUGUUCUCUCAGUAUUCUGAGCCUUGCUACAACAGUUUAUAGUGCUUUCCCGUCAACACAGACCCAGGUUCACAUAACCGUGUAUGCUCCUAAGAACUUUCUUCAACAGGAUAUUGAAGUAUAUUUCAAUCAAGAUAGACCUGGCGAUGUAUUAGAUCAGCAGUAUGCUUUUGUACAGUCCUAUGAUAUGGUUGAUCCUUAUUUGUUGAAGUUAAAUUCUACUCUUUGUGAUGCAACUCAGUGUAAGCAUGGCUGUGAUGAAAAUAAUGGCCGCUGUAUUUGUAAGAAAGGAUAUAGACUGGAUAGUGCUGGAGUUUGUCAAGAUGUAAAUGAAUGUAGAUCUGUUCACCACAGAUGUCAUGAGAAUGCUGACUGUAUGGAUAAGGAGGGGACCUACCAAUGUCACUGUACAGGCAGAUAUUACGGAGAUGGCACAACUUGUUAUGCAUGUGAUGCCCCAUGUAGAGAAGGAACCUAUCAAGACUUACCAUGCGGGAAAAAUCAGAAGAAAAUCUGUUUAAGUUGUAAAAAGGAAUGUCCAAGAGGUACCUACAUGUCCAGACAGUGUACAUCUCUGGGGAAUGCUGAAUGUAAAGAUUGUACUAAGAAAUGUACAGCAGCAGAUUACGAAUUCAAAAGAUGUACUUAUGUAGAAGAUAGAGAAUGUAGAGAAAGAAGAGAUUUAAGAUUUCCAUCAGUGAGCAGUAAUAUCAUUGCAGAAAACAUGAAGGAUGUUAGUUUAGUUAAUUCUGAGGAAUUGAGUAGAACUAGAGGAUUCCAUAUUGACAGAGGUUCAGGAUUUUUUAUCAAGGGAACUGUGACCUACUUUAAACCACAUAUUCUCCUGCAGCCAGUAGAUCAUAGUGUAAAUAAUGAACUAGAUAGAUUCAAUGGCAGUCCUGAACUGGUAGAUAAAUACUGUCCUUAUCCUGUUCCAUCAUACUACGAACUGGGCAAAUUUGAUUUACAGAAUAUUACAUACAACAAUAAGAUGUAUGGAGGUAAAACAUUUAUAGAGCCAUGUGAAACAUAUAUGAGACACGGAAACUUUCCUGAUAUGCAGCAUGCAUCCAGAUUUAUCUACUGUUCCCAGCCUGGACCUGUAACUAAUAUAUUUGAACUGAGAUCAGGAUUUGGUAGCAGUACACCUUUCUGGAUAGAAAAAGAGGAAAAUUGUGUAUCUAAGAAUGCUGCUUGUCUAAACUGUACCAAGACAUGUGCAAAAAAGAUGAGGUUACAAGGGGGAGAUUGUGGUGUAACAGACAAGGAUAAUGGGAGAUCCCCUCGUUUGCCUCUUUGUAUGUCAUGUUGUGCUGAUUCUAAUUGUACAAACCUCUGUGGGACUUACCAUGACUACCAUUGUCAAACAGAACAAUGUUUAGUAGGUGAUCUUCUUGGAUUCCAACUCAGACCUAUUUAUGAUAAUGCAAACAAUGUGUAUUGUCACAUGGCCCCUGUAACCAAUCAGACAGUAAUGGAGUUGGUCUAUAAUGUCAUUAACUACUAUGAGACUCUUGUGUCAGAGACUUUGAUUGUGAAAAGUGAUGGAAGUUGGAUUACAACUGGAAAAAUGCAUUAUGGAGAUGAGAUUGUUGACAUUGAUAUUGAUUCCAAGGUCAGACAAAUUCCAGACUUUGUCAAAAUGUCAGGUGUAACAAAGCAAGUAGCAGCUGGACGAUAUAAACAAGGAGAUGUCAGUGUGAAAACAUUGAUCACUCAGACAUCUGCUGUAGUUAGACCCAAAUCUCCAUUUAGCACCACAUCAAGUUCAUUUGCCCAGCAUUCCUGUGAGGAUGAAGUAUUAGAAAACCUUAUGAUGGCCAAGGGAAUUGAUGAACCAUUUGACCAGUAUCCAGGAUUGGUAGAAUUCCUCAAUGAUAACCAUUCCUAUGCUGUAUCAUCAGAGGGGACAUCAGACCUACCUAGUAUUAGGAUUGUAGUAGAUAGACACAAAUCUCUACUGGAGUCACUGUUUCCUAUGGCUAAACUAGUGUUUAAUCACCUCCAUGGCAACAUUACUCAGAAUUCAACACACUGGGUCAUGAAUGUGACUGGAAAAAUCAAAGAAUGUCCAGGUGUUUUAAGUAUCAACUUGACAGAUCCAGGAUACCCUAGUGAACCUCUGUACCAGUUUGUAGCUCAAGUCAGGUGCCCUAAAACUUUUGAACUUUCUUUUGCUGUACCCACUGGGGACAAGAGUUAUCUUGACAAGGAAUUUGCACUCAGUGUCAAGGACAAAGAUACAGUUCAUCAGUUGUUUGUUUUUAAACCUGCAGGAAGAAAAAAUGUUUACAUGUCAGGUUCUACACAAGGACAAGUUACAACAACCAAAGAUUCCAAACAACCAUCACAUUUUUCUAUUCCAUUCAUGGCUACUGUAAUUGGCGUGGUUGUCUUGUUACUAUUUAUAGCAGCCUUUGGAAUGAUGGUUAAAUUUGGCCAACCUACAAGUGAUGUAUUAGAAUUCAAGUGGUGCCACCUAGUGUUAAUGGUAGGAUAUAUUUCCUUCCAUUUCCUAUUUGCUGUGUGUGCCUCCAUGACAGUAUUUGUUUUGGUCAUUGUUGCAGUUAAUAGUGAUACAACAGCUUUCCUGAAAAAUUACCAACAACAGAGAUCAGUCAAGUCAGCCUUUACACAUUUAGAACUAGAUCAUAUGGAGCGCCAUCUUCUGGCUGAAAUCCACCGUCAGAAUUCUGUAGCUAAUACCAGUAAACAGCUGUGUGACCAGCAGAUGCUUAUUAUUAUUGAGAAUCUAAAUGAUUUGAGGAAGGAGAUUGAAAGAAACACUACAGAAGAUAUUGGCAAAAAGGACAUUAACAAUUUAUUGAGCAAUCAGAUGAAAACACUGGCACAAAAGUUCACUACUAAUAUAGAUAUUUUUAGAGAGAGAUUUGAAAGUUAUAUAAAGUUUAUGAGACAGAAAUUUACCUCCGAGUUACAACAGACUUACAGAAGUAUGGAACAGAAUAAAUGGUUAACUACUGCACAGUUCUUACGUAGAUCUGUUAAAAAUGUCAGGGAUCUGGAAAAUUUACCGACCAGACCAUUCUUACAGUGGUUAGGAAUACCUGAAGAUUUAACUCAGUUGUCGUUAGAUAAACCAAUUCCAGUUCCAGUAUUACCAAAGUUUGAUGAUGUGUUCAUCCCUGGAACAAAAGGAAAUCCAAAUCCAGCAACCAACAAACGUUCAGAAAGAACUCACCAGUAUCAUAACUUCUGGAUCCAGCCAGAGAUGUUACAUAGCAACCAUUCUCAAGGACACAAUGACCCUUACAGAGAGGAAGAGACCAGUAGUUACAGUGGAUAUAUGGUAUUCUUUGCCCUGAUGAUUGUCAUAGAUGUUGUUUGGUUUCUACAUCGCAUGUUAAAAGCUGUGGGAGUUUGUAAUUUGAUAUUAUAUGGAUAUCCUAUUUAUGUGGACAUCAGAGACAAAACAGAUCCAACACAAGAAGUAGAUGAUGAAGCUGCUAAACGACAAAAAAGAUUGUUUAAGUCAGGAUUCUGUAAAACAUUGAGGGAUUUAAUGCUAAAGUCAUUGGUCAGCAUGUUUGUCCCGAAGGUGAUAGCUACAGUGUUUGUUUGUUUGUUUGUUUAUGUAUUGUCAAUGGCAACAUUCCAUUUUGUCAACAGAGAAACAUUUAGUUAUCUAGGAUACUACAAUAAUAUGGAUGAUUUGCUGAAACUAAAUGAGAAAUUCAUCAACAGACGUUUAGAAACUCAUGCUAGUCGUAUUAACUUGAUGCAAUAUCCUGCAUACCAAGAAAUAGCUAAUUUAUAUGUACAGCGCCACCUAUACCUGUACAGAUCAACAGAGAAUCACUUAAAGUCAAUGCAUGGUGCACAUUCAUCUUUCUACUGUGAUUAUCUUAAGUCAAUUAAUGUGUCAGCAGUGUGUGAUAAUAGUGUGACCUCUAACCUUCCAGAGGUUGUAGUGUCAGCCUGUCAGUUUGAGAAGAUCAGUCCAAGACAUUAUCUAAGGCACACCACUUCAGAGACAAACAUCUCUGACUUACAAAUGGAUGAGUUUUUGUUCAGUAUACGGAAGCUUAUAGAGGAUACCUGUUACAUUGUGCUGAUAUUUAUGUCUGUUAUUAUCAUCAAGGAGUUGUUAGGAACUGUCAUAUGGCUCUAUAUGAAAAGAUCGGGAUUUAUUAAUCUACGGAUUAUAUUUGAAGCAGAUGAACCACCUAACGUCCCUCACAGAUGAAUGACAAGAAAUAAGUGAUGAAUAAACAAGGAAUCGCAAUAUCUUGCCAACCUUCAUGACUGUGGUAUAACUAUAAUGAUAUAUCGGUGCUGUUUGAAAAUGGAUAGCCAUAGACAAUUUAACUGCUGUAAGGAUCAUUUUCAUGGCCUAGAUAGAUAGAAUAUCAACUACAUUUAUCAAUUCAUCAUCCACCAAGUAGUUGGCUUUGUUGUGUGAGGUGAACAUCUGAACCAAACUGCAUAACUGAAACAGCUAUCUGGUUGUAAAUAUAGUUAGAUACUGCUAGUUGGUUUAUCAAUGUUAGACAAGUCUAGUUGUUUUGUCAGUGUUAGACGUGUCUAGUUAUAAUAUCUGUGCAAUAGGUAAAGCUUGAUAUCAGCUGUGAUGAAGAAAAACUUGUUUUAUGUUCUUUUUUAUAUUUUAUGUUGAUCAUUUGAUUUAAAUUUCUGUCAGAAAAAAAGUUUAUAUUAUUAAAUUGUCUUCCUGAAAAUAUUUUCAUGAUUGUAUUUUUUUAAAUAUUUUUUUUUUAAUUUUGUAUUUUUACAGUUUGCAUCUUUGUUUUAAUGUUAUUUUCAGACUUUGUGCUUGAAUCAAUAGACAGUGUAUAGUAAGAAUUCAUAAAAUUUCAUCUUGAAAUCAAAUUUUAAAGUUUACAAAUUGAAUAUUAAUGAUGAUUGCAAAGAUAGGUAAUUUAGAUAUGAUUGAAAUAUAAGUUUUAUUCAAAUCAAGUAAUAGAACCAUGUUAACAAUUGUGUUAUUUUAUUUAGUUUUUCCAUCUAAUUUGUUAAUAUGAAUUUGUUUGUAUAUAGGCUUUAAUGGUGCAGCAAUAUGAUUAUUGAAUUAGAGAGGUGCUUAUUGUGGGAUAAUUCAGUAUCUUAUGGCAAGUCAGAUUGAUCAUAAACAUGGGUACUUAUAUUUCUAUGUUAUCUUUACUGCACUGAAAGUUACAGAUUAGAAUGGUGUAGUACUUUUCAGGACAAUUUGCAAAUACCUUAAUAUGACAUCCCACUUUCACUUAGGGUAAUGGGAACUGUAUGGAGGUUCAUGGUUAGAUCUUGUUCAAUAUUUCAGCAGAUGUGACAUUUUAUUGUGUCAACUCUUGCUUUUUCAAUAAGCAUAUCAAGUUGCUAAAAUCUACGUCAUUUUGACUUUAGGUGGAUAGUUGUCUCAUUGGCAAUCAUACCACAUCUCUUAUUAUAUAUAUUAAUUAUAUUUACAUGAUAAAUAUGUCUAAAAACUCCUGCCUUUUACAAGAACAUUGGUGAAAACCAGUAUGCCAUCCCUAAUUUAAAUGCUUCUCAUCAUCCAGUUUAUAGUUUGUAGUUUUACUUAACUAGCUGUGAAAUGUACAUCUGGUGCAGUAAAAUUGGUACCUUAAUGUUAUUACUUUACUUCAUUUACAUACACAUGUCACUGUAUAAACUCACUCUUUUAGAUACCAUUGCUGUUACAGUUGUUAACUAAAUAUGCUUUACUCACUGAAGCAUAAUAAGAUGUUUUUUUAUAUUUUCAUGUAUUUUAAUUAAUGUGUCUUAACUUUGUUAGUUAUGUUGUUUGUUUUGUCUAAUGUGUGUUUGUUUAUUUAAUUGUAUGAUCUCUUACAUCACUAAUAUUUGAUGAAUAAAUAAAAGAAAUACAUUAUU